AUGGCUGACACAGAAAAAUAUCCCAAUCGCGCAGAAUCAAUCCAGCCCCUGCCGUGGAAGGAGGCAGGCCUACCACCAAGCAUAGCCGCUCAUGGAGUGGGUCAAUUCGAUCAAGAUGAUAUGCUACUAUGGCAUCAUUUCAUUACUUGCACUUCGUCGACGUUCUCAGAUCCAUGGACGGUGGAUAUCCCUGCCGUGGCCAUCUCUCAUCAUUUCCUCAUGCAGGGCAUUCUAGCUACAGCAGCUCUCCAUCUUGCCUACCUGCAGCCGCCACAUAGUUCUAGGUACCUCUACACAUCUGCACGCCAUCAGGAUCUGGCCAUGAAGGGUUUCCAGCUUGUUAUGCCUGCUGUCACUCCAGAGAAUUGCAAUGCAGUCUUUGCAUUUUCCACCCUCUUAUUGGUCCACACCCUGACUUCCCAGUUCAACGAGUAUUCAAGCUCGCCUCCCAGACCUGGCCAGGAUCUCGAAAGUAUCCGUGCCUGGAUAGUGCUGCUUAGAGGAUGCACCACUGUAUACCUUUCUGCAAGGACUUCCCUUGAAGCAGGGCCGUUCGGCCGUCGUCUUGCAGAGUUCCGUGUACCAGAAGUACCUACAGACAACGCUUACGAUAAACGUCUACGCCGAAUAUCACAAACACUUCUCACAGAUGUGGAGGUCAUGGAAAUGAGUUCAGAGGACGAGAUGGACACGUAUCGAGCUAGCAUCCAUCAGCUUCGCUUGACAUCUGCAGCCUCUUGCAAUGCCGAUCCCUUGCUGGACUAUAGGGCAAUCAUGAUUGUAUGGGCUACCAGAUUACCAGACCAAUUUUUGCGGCUCUUCAAUGAUCGCCGUCCGCCUGCACUCGUUAUCAUGAGCUAUGCUUGUAUGCUUCUGAAGAGAGGCGAAGGGUUGUGGUUUAUGGAAGGGCGAAUAGAUACCAUGCUAAACAGUCUCAGAGCUGAGCUUUCUCCUGAGUGGCAUUGGUAUCUCGAUCUAUGA